CCCCUCGAUAUCUUUUUUUUAAAUUCUUGGAGCAAUGAGUAAGGCCUCAUCGUCGUCGUCUUCAGAUGCCAAGCAGCAGCCCGUUCUGGGUGAGCAAGAGCUGCGCAUCGCCGCCAACCAAUUCAGCAACGAGCUCAAGGCCAUAGCGAGCAAGAUCGGAGAGCUUGAGCUGCAGCUGGACGAGCACACGCUAGUCAUUAAGACCAUGACGCCGAUGCCCGAGGACCGCAAGUGCUUCCGUCUUAUCAACGGGGUUCUGGUCGAGCGCACCGUAAGGGAGGUGCUGCCGGCACUUACAACCAACAAGGAGGGUAUUACCAAGUCUAUUGAGCAGCUUACAGCACAGUACCGGACAACAGACAAGGAGUUUGCCGAAUUCCAGAAAGUCAACCACAUUCGUAUAGCGGCAGCCUGAGAUCAGCAACAACAAAA